AUGAAGCUGACCGUGCGCGUCACUCAAGCCCCUGCGGCGGCGGCGAUUGGCGGGGCCGCGCCCCGCCCGCGGCACGUGACGGAUCCCGGUUGGCGGUUCCCUUGGUUACGCGGAAUGAAGGGGCGGGGCCUCGCCUCAGCCGCCGCCGCCGCCUCAGUCGCGGCCCGUGGAGGCGGCGCCGGCGACCGGCAGCUCCGCCCCGCGGCGCCGCCCCAUCCCUGCCUCUCUCCUCGCUGCCGGAGCCAUGGCGGCGGAGGCGGCUUCUGCGGCGGCGCCAGGGGGGUGACCGCCCGCCCGCCCGAGGCGGAGGAGGCGGCGGCGGCGGCCGUGGGGCGCGUCCGGCGGCCGGGGAGGAUGCGCGAGUACAAGGUGGUGGUGCUGGGCUCGGGCGGGGUGGGCAAGUCCGCGCUCACCGUCCAGUUCGUCACCGGCACCUUCAUCGAGAAGUACGACCCCACCAUCGAGGACUUCUACCGCAAGGAGAUCGAGGUGGACGCCUCCCCCUCCGUCCUGGAGAUCCUCGACACGGCCGGCACCGAGCAGUUCGCCUCCAUGCGGGACCUCUACAUCAAGAACGGGCAGGGCUUCAUCCUCGUCUACAGCCUCGUCAACCAGCAGAGCUUCCAGGACAUCCGGCCCAUGCGCGACCAGAUCAUCCGCGUCAAGAGGUACGAGAAGGUCCCUGUGAUCUUGGUUGGGAAUAAAGUGGACCUGGAGAGUGAGAGAGAAGUAUCAUCCAGUGAAGGCAGAGCUCUGGCCGAAGAAUGGGGUUGUCCGUUUAUGGAGACUUCUGCAAAAAGUAAAACAAUGGUGGAUGAGCUGUUUGCAGAAAUCGUCAGACAGAUGAACUAUGCUUCCCAGCCAGAUAAAGAUGACCCUUGUUGUUCUGCAUGUAAUAUACAAUAGCAUUAUGAAUGAUGGAACUGGACCUUAAUUUUGCUGUAUUUUUGGUAAGGUAACCUAACUGACUGCUUCACUUUGUGAUUUAAGUUGGGUCCCUCGGAUAAAUCCAAAGCGAAGUAGCAGCAGUAACUCCAAGCAGAACGUUGAUGUUGAUGGGCGUGAGCUUCUAUGAGUCACUUACCUGGAGCACAUCUUCUACGCCUGCAACUCUGUAGCGUAGCCAACAGAUUUACAGGGUGAGCACAAACGAUGUUCGUUGGCCUAGUCAUGCGGCAGCAGUUACCCCUUUCAGUUGAGAGUCCUUGAUGGUGGUGAAAAAGGAGAGCACCAGCAAAGACCCUUUGCACUCUGCAUAUUCUCUGCUGAUAAAUAAAAUUUAACCAACUUUUAAGUGUCUGCAUAUUGAAUUUCAGGACUUGUUCACUUGCGGCCAAGUUUACUCAGUCAAAUAUGCUAAGUUCAUCUUUACUUUUGACACAAGUGUUACUAGGAUUAUUGGCAAAUAGAUGUGGUUCUGUUCCCCCCUUCCCCCUUAAUUUGAUUCUUUUCCAUUAUCCCAUCACGCGAAGAGGAAAAUAUCCCACCAGUACUUGAAAGUAAA